CUGAAACCGAGGUUGAAUAGGCCUACUACUUUUGUUGUUUGUAGUAUUUAAUGCUGGAGCUUGACGAAAAAGGAUAGAAAUGAGGUGUUUACAGGUCACAGACUAUGAAAAUUCCUUGAUAGACCAACUUAAGUCAGAUGAUGCCUCGUGUCAACUUGAAGCAAUAAGGAACAUAAAAAAUGCUGUUAUUGGGAUUAAAAGUAAGAAAUCAGCCUUCAUUGCAAAGGGAUUGAUUCCGAGGUUGCUUGAACUCAUGGUCAGAAGCAAUGCUGGCAUUGAGUUUGCAGUUGAAGGAGCAGCCAUUUUGGGGAGCUUUGCAAGAGGGACACAGAAUGAUUUAAGAGUGAUGCUUGAUACCCAAGCCAUUCCAAUACUUUGCCGAGGCAUUUGUCAAGACUACAAACCACUUGCAGUUUCCUGUCUGAGAUCAUUAAGGGCAUAUUUUGUGACAGGGGAAGUUCCACCUGAUAUUAUUUAUGAAGGUCCAUCCAUCGUUAACAAUCUGGUACAGUUUUUAUCACAGUCACCAACAGAAGCAGAAUGCGCUGGAAACAUCUUGUUUAGAUGUUGCAAGACGACCGAGCAUCAAACGAUGUUAUCCGAAGCUGGAAUAAUACCUGCGCUGGCCCCAUGGCUGAAAUUCGAGAAACCUGCAGUCAUUCUGCCGAUUCUUUGUUGCUUUUCAUCCUUAGUUCUGGACAAUGAAGUCUUAGCAACAAGAGUCAGUGAAACUUGUUUAGAGCAGGCAAAAGUAAAAGACUUGCUUAUCAAUUUGCUAUCAAGAGAUAAGGCAGACGAGAUCCAGUUAGCUGCUGCAAAAUGCUUGGCAAAUUUCUAUCGAGCCGGAUCCUUACAUGUCACAGAUGAGGUCAUCCAUUCGAAGGUCUUAUCGACAUUUGUACGAAUGUGUGCCAAAAACAAACCCAACAGUAUUCGUGUUCCUGCAUCUCAAGCUCUCGCAUUCCUAAUCGAAGAGGAUAGUGAUCUACAACAGCUGGCUUCGAUAUCAAACCAUCUUAUCCAAAAUAUUGCAAGCUUUCUGAACACCGAAGAAGAUCUGGAUGAAAUGACAGAUCAGGGAUUAAAAGAGGGUGCAUUUAAAGUCUUUGCUGCAUUGGCUGCUAAUGAUGAAAAAAUAAGAAAGAGGGUUGUUGAUGCCACGGACAAACUAAAUCCUGCUUUGAAUUCUGCAUUGCAAAGUGAAUGCAAUGUGCUGCAAACUGCCGCAUUGCAAUGCCUCUUAAGUCUGUCUCGCUCUGUUCAACAACUGCGAUCAACAUUCAAAGAUCAGUCGAUUUGGCAGCGAAUCCUGGAUAUCUUACAGACGAGUCACUGUGAAGACCUGCUCAGCACGGCAUCCUCUGUUCUCUGUAACCUGCUGCUUGACUUUUCCCCUUGCAAAGAUCUGAUGCUGGACAAAGGCGUACUGGACAUUCUUGCAGCAUUAACGAAAAGACCAGAGGCUCCUUUAAGAUUAAACGGAGCUUGGGGCUUGAUGAAUCUCUCCUAUGAUGCUGACGAGAACGUCAAAGCCCGAAUCAUAAAGGAGGUUACAUUGCGUCAUCUCAUCCAUCUCCUUGAAGAUCCGGAUAUUCACGUGACCGUAAAAGUCCUUGGCCUCCUGCGAAACAUUUUAUCUGGAAAAGAGGGAGUCGAUGAAGCAAUUGAAGAUGGCUGUCCUCAAGUCAUCGCAGCUGUUAGAAUGGUGGUUAGAAAUGAUGGUAUUGCAAAUGAUAUCAAGGAUCAAGCCCUUUGUGUGCUUUGCAAUGUGGUGAACAGCAAAACUGGUAAAGACCAUAUAAUGAAUGACGAAGAGCUUCUGCGCAAAUUGAUUUGCUGUCUCUCAAAUGAUAACCAAAGAAUUAAACUUGCCUCUGUUUCGUGUAUACUUAAUUUGUCAUGUAACAGUGAGGAAGGCGCGCUUGAGAGGCAAACGAAAUUGAGAGAUCUUGGAGCCCAGAAGCAAUUGCAAGCCUUGCUUACCACGCCAAAUAUUAAUUUGUUUGACAAAGUCAAAGUAGCGCUCCAGCAAUUCUCGUGACAGCUUCGUGACCUACUCUGCACAAUUUCGAAAGGCUUUGACUGAAAAGUGGAAAAUGGACGGCUAUCGCCUUAAUGUUUUGCUAUAGUCCACAUUCUUCUUAGCAAAAGACUUUCUUAGCUAUUUUGCACCUUUAUUUAUCUCAUUUCGUAGCAAAUAUGUGAAUAUUGUCUAUACAGUUUAGAUAUGGAUUUUAUCUUUGUAGUACCAAACAUUGAGUAUGUCGAAAAGAAAUAGAGCUAAUAUU